ACUAUAUUACCUGCCUCUAUUCUUUCACACUUAGCUUCCGUUGUGACAUGCUAAAUGCGGUUAAUGAAUAAUUUUUAAUUUUUGUAUUUAAAAAAGUUGUGAGUUAAACCAGAACGAUGAGUAAGUUCUUCACUACCGGUACGGAUUCGGAAUCCGAUAGCUCAUCAGAAGAAGAGCAAAUUCAACGAGCACCUGCCGCUAAUUUUACAUUCAGUGAUGAAGAAGAAGAAACAAAGCGAGUGGUUCGUUCCACGAAAGAAAAAAGAUAUGAAGAUCUUAAAAAUAGUAUCAAACUCAUUCGAAACUAUAAAAAAAAUAAAGAUAUGAGUAGUAUGCUUUCAUGUUUUGAAGAACUUCAGAAAUUUUACACUAGAGCUUUGCCAGUAGUGGCAAAAGAGGAAGGUGGCUUAACUCCAAGGUUCUUCUUAAGAUGCUUAGUAGAAAUGGAGGAUUUUAUCAAUGAACUUUGGGAAGAUCGUGAAGGUCGAAAAAACAUGUCAAAGCAUAAUUCAAAAGCUUUGGGUUCAUUACGUCAAAAGCUUCGUAAAUAUAAUAAAGAUUUUGAAGAAGAGAUCGCCAAGUUUAGAGAAAAUCCUGAACAAGAUGAUGAAGAAGAAGAAGAUAAACCCAAGGAAGAUUCAGAAUCUGAAGACGAAGAAGAUCGUCCUUCAGCUGUUAAGAAAUCUGGAUCAGAAGUAAGUGUACCAGAUGCACAAAAGAUUAAGAAAGUCACGAUAGCUGAUGACGAUCAGAGUGAUAGUGACUCUGAUUGGGGUUCGGAUUCAAGUAGUGAUUCUGAAAGUUCUGAUGACGAUGGUCAAUAUCAGAACUUCCGUGAAAGAUUCAUCAAAAAAGCUACGGAUAAAGACGACGACGAAGAUAAAGCAAAGAAAAAAGAACAACGAAAAGAACGCAAAGAUAAAGAACGCAAGAAGAAGCGUGAUGAAGAUGAUGAUGAUGAAGGUGAAUGGGAAACUGUUAAAGGUGGUCUUGUUGUUCCAUCUGAAAAGCCAAAAAUGUUCGCCAAGGAUGCUGAAAUUAAUGUUCCAGCUGUCCUAAAAAAACUUACAGAAGUUAUUGCUGCCCGUGGAAAGAAACGUACUGAUAGACGGGAACAAAUUGAAUUAUUGCAUGAAUUAUUAUCUAUUGCUGAGGCGCACAAUCUUGGCCCCGCUGUAAUAGUGAAAAUUAAAUUUUCCAUUGUAUCUUCAAUUUUUGACUAUAAUCCGAAAGUAUCGGAUGCUAUGAAACCAGAGUAUUGGUCCAAAUUAUUAGGACGUAUAGCUGAAAUGCUUGAUAUGUUGCGUGCCAAUCCGGAUAUGCAAAUAGCUGAGCAUAUUAAUGAAGAUGCAGAAGAGUUUCAAAACCCUCCUUUUAAACUCCACGGAUGUGUACUCACACUUGUUGAACGUUUAGAUGAAGAAUUCACUAAACUUUUAAAGGAAUGUGACCCUCAUAGUAAUGAGUAUGUCGAAAGAUUGAAGGAUGAAAAGCAAGUAGCAAAUAUAAUUGACAAAGUUCAAGAAUAUUUAGAGCGCCAUGGUAGUGUGUCGGAACGUUGUCGUAUUUACUUACGCAAGAUUGAACAUCUUUAUUAUAAAUUUGAUCCAAAUGUAUUGAAGCAAAAAGAAGGUGAGAUCCCAGCUGAUGUAGUAACAUCUGUCCAAGUUAUGGAGAAACUCUGCAAAUAUGUUUACGCUCAUGAUGGAACUGAUCGUCUUCGUACUCGAGCUAUUCUGUCGCAUAUUUAUCAUCACGCACUUCACGAUAAUUGGUUCCAAGCGCGUGAUCUUAUUUUGAUGUCUCAUCUCCAAGAGACUAUUCAACACUCUGAUCCAGCUACACAAAUACUGUACAAUCGAACGAUUGCUCAUCUUGGUUUGUGUGCAUUCCGACAUGCUAACAUUAAAGAUGCUCAUAAUUGUCUUGUAGAUUUGAUGAUGACUGGUAAGGUCAAAGAAUUGUUGGCACAAGGCCUUUUACCACAACGACAACAUGAACGCAGCAAGGAACAGGAAAAAAUUGAGAAACAACGUCAAAUGCCUUUCCAUAUGCACAUUAAUUUAGAAUUACUUGAAUGUGUAUACCUAGUAUCUGCAAUGCUCAUAGAAAUACCUUACAUGGCUGCUCAUGAAUUUGACGCAAGACGGCGUAUGAUUUCCAAAACUUUUUAUCAACAACUACGAUCCAGUGAACGUCAAUCGCUCGUCGGACCACCAGAAUCAAUGAGGGAGCAUGUUGUGGCUGCUGCUAAAGCAAUGCGUAAUGGCAAUUGGUCAGCUUGUAAUAAUUUUAUUAUUAAUGAAAAAAUGAAUGCUAAGGUUUGGGAUUUGUUUUAUCAAGCUGAUAAAGCUCGUGCAAUGCUUACUCGAUUGAUCAAAGAAGAAGCUUUAAGAACUUAUCUAUUUACGUACUCUCAUGUUUAUGAUUCAAUUUCUAUGCCAACAUUAGCUGAUAUGUUCCAACUUCAACGACCUGUUGUACAUUCCACUAUCAGUAAAAUGAUCAUCAAUGAAGAACUUAUGGCAUCUUUGGAUGAUCCAUCUGAAACGGUCGUCAUGCACAGAAGUGAACCCAGCCGUCUACAAUCAUUGGCUCUUCAACUAACUGAUAAAGUGAAUAACUUUGUUGAUUCUAAUGAGAGAAUCUUCGAGAUGAAACAAGGUAACUUUUUCUCACGAGGGAAUCAAGGCAACUUCCGUGAUCGCCAGAAUUAUAAUCGUCAGGGUGCGGAUUGGAAUCGUCAAAGACGAGACCGCGAUCGUAACCGUGAAGAAAACCGUAACUAUUAAUUUGAUUUUUAGAGCAGUUUUAUGAGAACAUACAAGAUCGAAUUUUAGGAACGAAGUUCCUUAUGGGGCGUUGUGAAGGGGUACCCUAUCCGGAAAAAAGCGUUCGUAACGUUAAAAAAAAUGCGUAAGAUUUUUAUGUAUAGCUUAUGGAUGACUUUACAGUGUAAUGUAUAGUCUAAGUGAUGAUUAAACUUCGUUCCUAUCUGGUGAUCACGACACCACACGGUUUUUUUCAACAUUAAUGGUCAUUGUAAAUAAAUAUUAUUAAUUAAAACCGAAAAAGAAAAAAAAAACAAUAACAAUAAAAAUUUUUUUUCAAAAAAUUUAAAUGCUGUCAUUAAUGCAUUACGCUUCACGAUUAUUAUCAGCGUCUCUCGAGUUCGGAUCUUUUCUAACGGAACCAACAACAAUUUGUAUUUCAUAACAAAAAAUUAUUAAUUUUUACAAAUAUACAAUAUGUAAAUGUAACAGAUUUUUUGGAUAUAUUAAAAAUAUGUAGAUCUUUAAU